GCCAAACCGGGCCGGCGGCCAUUUUGAGGCCCCGCCUUUCCCGCCAACGCGGGUGUACCGCCGCCGCUGCCGCCAAAGCGCCGAGGAGAAUGGCGUUGAAGCAGAUUUCCAGCAACAAGUGCUUUGGGGGAUUGCAGAAAGUUUUUGAACACGAGAGUGUGGAGCUAAAAUGUAAAAUGAAAUUUGCUGUCUACUUACCACCAAAGGCAGAAACUGGAAAGUGCCCUGCCCUGUAUUGGCUCUCUGGUUUAACUUGCACAGAACAAAAUUUUAUAUCAAAAUCUGGUUAUCAUCAGGCUGCCUCAGAACACGGCCUUGUUGUCAUCGCUCCAGAUACCAGUCUGUGUCAGCAUUUGCUCCAAUUUGCAACCCAGUGCUCUGUCCUUGGGGCAAAAAAGCCUUUACUGGAUAUUUGGGAACAGAUCAAAGUAAAUGGAAGACUUAUGAUGCGACCCAUCUUGUGAAAUCUUAUCCAGGUUCACAACUAGACAUACUGAUUGAUCAAGGAAAAGAUGACCAGUUCCUUUCAGAUGGACAGCUACUCCCAGAUAACUUCAUCGCUGCCUGUACAGAAAAGAAAAUCCCUGUUGUUUUUAGAUUACAAGAGGGUUAUGAUCAUAGUUACUACUUCAUUGCCACCUUUAUUGCUGAUCACAUCAGACAUCAUGCAAAAUACCUGAAUGCAUGAAGAACUUCUGAUGAAAUUAUCUCAAGAUUAUAAAAGUUGAAAGAAUUGAUGAGAAAAAAGGAUUAUUAAAUACAGGAUUUCUAAUGCUAAAAGAGCUUCCUUCCACAGUUGAAUCACCUUUUGAAUGAAUACAUAAAACCUGCUUCUGAUUUUAAAAGUGACUUUACAUAGGAAAAUUUUAAUAAUUCUUUUUUGCUGUCAUUAGAAGUCUUUGUUAUAUUAACCUUAAGUCACUGAAUGUGAGUAUAAUCCUCUUCAUAUCAUAGAAUACUAACUGUGGAACAGAGGACUUAAAGAUUAUUUAGCCCAGAUUCCCCGUUUUUCCAGACUUUCAGCAUUUGAAAUCAUGGACUGUUGACUUGAUUUGUAGAAGGCAUUUAAUUAGUGGUUGCCAGCGAUAGAGCAAGGAAGUAGGCUCAGAAAAGUGAAAAGAAUACCACCAUUAUAUCUGUGGGACUGCUAAGACUAGAAAACAAGUUUCUAAAACUCCAGUCCAAAGAUUUUUCUUAUUUUUUGAGCUGACUAAAUCUGUGAGUGUUGGUUGUUGUGAUAAGUCUCUCAUGAAUUAAAUACGGUAAAUCCCUGACUUAAAAACCAGCCAGAGAACGUUCAUAAAUCAGAUCCCGUUUAUAAGUCCGACAAAGUGAGUCUUGUAUACCUUUGACACACAUGUACAGUGUUAAGCGUAAAAAAACCUAGCACCCACAGAAACACUGUAAAUUAUUUUUACUUUUACAGUUACCUUAAAAACUUUUACAGUUACUCAUGAAGACUCAUGAGCUAAACUAGAAAUGUUCCUAAUAGGAGGUUAGAUGACCUGUGAAAAUUCAGCGCUCAGAUGUCUGUAAGUCAGGGACUUUACUGUAAUAAGAUUUAAUCUGAAAGGACUAGAGGAAACUGACAUAUUUUAUGUUACUGUAAAUAAGUAUUUUUCCUUAAUCAUGCAGAAAUUUAAUUUGGUAAGCUCACCAAGAAAAGUAAUUGAUUUUUUGGUAAAUACUAAAUUAUGUUCCUUUAUAAGCUUAAUAAAAAAUUUUUUGAAACAGGUUUGCUUUUUUAGUAUAGUUUUUUUUCCUAUUAAAGAGCACAAAGGUUACUCAUUUUAAACAUUCAGUAAGAAAUCAUGCUAAAUGGUAAUCAAGGAAGACAGCAUUAGGUUUUUAAAGUUACUAGUACUGGUUUAAUGUAGAUAGUACAAAAAUUAGUACAGUUUAAAUAAAUAUCAGUAAUCAAGAUUGAGUCCUAGAAUGAGCUAUGCACAAAGUAAUUCUAGUCUUGCCUGUUUGUGAAUAAAGUUUUUUUCU